UUUCAGAACUAUAAUCUGUGAUGUCAGUGGCAACACUGGCCCCAGCCUUGUAAUAUGGCCGCUACAGGCAAGAAAUCAAAGAAAAUAAAAUGGAUCAAAGCCGACGCCACAAACUUCAUUGCGGAGUCAACCACAACCACAACCCCUGCAGCUAACGACUGGGCAGAUUCUGUAGACGAUGGACAUACAUAUGUAUCAUCGCGACAUCGUGCGCCUGUGGUGCUGCCGUCAGCGUCGCGCGCAGCCCGUGGUGGCCUUGCUGUGGAUGAUGAAUCUAUACCGCGUCGUCCUCCCUUUAUCGCACACAUCUCCAACUUGCCUUAUGAUGUUGAGGAGAGUGCGAUCAUGGAGUUCUUUGAAGGGCUUAAGAUAAACAAUUUGCGGCUGCCCAAAGAAGGAGGCCGUCUUAAAGGCUUUGGGGAUGUAGACUUUGAAGACAGAGAGAGCCUUGUCAGUGCUAUGAACAUGCCUGAUUUGAUGAUAGGAGGCAGAAGAAUCAGAAUAGAAGUGUCUACUCAAGAUAAUGAUCGUCGAAUGGGUAGAAGUGGCAGAUCUGACAGAGACAGAGAAUAUGACCCGGAGCGCACGAUGGGCGACUGGCGCUCCGGCCCGCGAGCCAUGCCCGAGCCGGCGCGCCGCUCCGAUGCCACGCGCGACCGCGAGCGCGAGCGGGACUCCAGCGCAGACAACCGUCCCGGCGGCUGGCGCGACGCGGAGCGCAGCGAGCCCGCUCGCACGCCCUACGGCGGCAGGGACUCCUACGGCCGCGACCGGGAAAGUGGACGAGAUCGUGGCUACGGUGGUCGUGAUGGUUUUCGUACGGCCGAGAGAGAUGGAUAUGGGAGUCGCGAAAGCAGAGGAUUUGGUGGUAGGGGAUUCGGAGACAGGGACCGUGAUCCAGUGAGAGAAGACAGUAAACCUCGUGAACGUCCUAAGCUUAAUCUACUACCAAGAACUGUCCCCCGAGAAACCGAGACGCCUACAAAACCUGCAGAUGGAGCCUUACUCGAAGACAAAAUGCCAGAGAAGAAUGUGCCUAAACCCGUCCCUGCUGAAAAAGUUUUCGGAGCUGCCAAGCCUGUUGAUACUGCAGCUAAGGAACGAGAAAUAGAAGAGCGUUUAAGAAAACAAGAAGAAGAAUCAAGGCGCGCUGUUGAGGAGAAAGAACGUUGGGGUCGCAGGAACGACCAUUCUGGCGAUCGUCGUGGUGGCGCUAGACGUGAUGACCGUGAUCGUGGUAGAGAUUCUCGCAGUUACAAUAGAGACCGACGUGACUAUUCCCGCGACGACAAAGACGAUAGAGAUCGCCGCGACUAUUCUAAAGACGCCAAAGAUAGGCGUGACUAUUCUAAGGAUAACAGAGAUAGGCGCGACUUUUCCAAAGACGAUAGAGACCGGCGCGACUAUUCAAAAGAUGACAAAGAUCGACGUGAAAGAGACGAUAGAGACCGCCGCGAAAGAGACGAAAGAGACCGCCGCGACAGGGAUAAUAAAGACCGCGAUUACAGGGACGAUAGAGACCGCGAUUAUAGAGACGAUAGAGACCGCGAUUACAGAGAUGAAAAGGAUCGCGACUACAAAGACGAAAGGGACCGCGAUUAUAGAGACGACAGAGAACGCGAAGGCAAGGACGACGACAGGCGUGACAAGGAUGUAGGCGAAAAGGAAAAUAGAGACGAUCGUGAUAUUUCCGGUGAGCGAAAUGAACGCCAGUGCGACCCGUCAUCGGAACGGAAAGAUGGAGAGCCACGCGACCAACAUAACGGUCGCCAAAGUCGCAGCCGCGACAGACACGACGUUGGAGUCGACAAACCUAUGCCUAAGCUGAAGGAGCAGGAAAAACCGAACUUUGUAGCAUCGAAUAAAUUUAGCUUCCUGGAAGACGCAGACGACGGCGGUUCCGAUUAACACGUGCUUCAUUUAUCAGUUUCCGUUUUUACUGACUCGAGUGUAAAGUGUAAAUUUACGAGUAUCAAGUGCCGGCGUGUGCGGUGCGACUCGCUAAGCGCUCAGACGAUCAUCAAUUGUGCUAUGUAAUAGAACUCAUUAGUCGUUAGUGCGGUGUGGUAUACGUGUAUAUUAGGGUCGCUGAUGCUCACACUGCUUCGAGGCCGGCCCCAGCCUCUAUUGUGCCCCAUUAAGUACAGCUGUAUCUUUACUUGUCUUAUUAUUCUAAUGUUAAUCGCAAUUCAUUCCGAUUUCUAAAUUCUUCUUCUUUCACAUAUUUUAAUUAAUCAUAUAGCUUAUGUCUUGGUCAUAGUAAAGGCUGGGGCUGCUAAUUUGUAACCAUGAACUGAUUGGUGUAAAUUUUUCUAUGGGUUUGUUAAAUUGUAAUAAUUAUAAGCAGGUUACAUUACAAUAUCGGCCGAGAGAAUUAUUCCUACUAUUUUGCAAUGAACUGAUAAACUGUUACAGGUGCUCUCAAAUUAAAUUCUUUUGUGAAUA